GCGUCAUCACGCCACGCCACCACUAGAGCCCCAGUGAAGAUGGCGGCAGCCGUUCUUAGCGGGCCCUCUGCAGGCUCCGCGGCUGGGGUUCCCGGCGGGACCGGGGGUCUUUCGGCGGUGGGCUCGGUCCCGCGUCUCCGCCUGCUGCUGCUGGAGAGCGUGUCCGGGUUGCUGCAGCCGCGAGCGGGGUCCGCCAUUGCUCCCGUGCAUCCCCCAGUCCGUUCGGCCCCACAUUUGCCCGGGCUCAUGUGCCUGUUGCGGCUGCAUGGGACGGUGGGCGGGGCCCAGAAUCUUUCAGCUGUUGGGGCGUUGGUGGGUCUCAGUAAUGCACGUCUCGGUUCGAUCAAAACUCGGUUUGAGGGCCUCUGUCUGCUGUCCCUGCUGGUAGGGGAGAGCUCCACGGAGAUGUUCCAGCAGCACUGUGUCUCUUGGCUUCGGAGCAUUCAGCAGGUCUUGCAGUCUCAGGACCCACCCCCCACAAUGGAGUUGGCCGUGGCUGUUCUGAGGGACCUGCUCCGAUAUGCAGCCCAACUUCCUACCCUCUUCCGGGACAUCUCCAUGAACCACCUGCCUGGCCUUCUUACCUCCCUGCUGGGCCUCAGACCAGAGUGUGAGCUCUCAGCACUGGAGGGGAUGAAGGCAUGUAUGACCUAUUUUCCUCGGGCUUGUGGGUCUCUCAAAGGCAAGUUGGCGUCUUUUUUCCUAUCUCGAGUGGAUGCCUUGAGCCCUCAGCUCCAGCAGUUGGCCUGUGAGUGUUAUUCGCAGGUGCCCUCUCUAGGGGCUGGCUUUUCCCAGGGCCUGAAGCACACUGAGAGCUGGGAGCAGGAGCUACACAGCCUGCUGGCCUCACUGCACAGCCUGCUGGGGGCCCUGUAUGAGGGAGCCGAACCAGCUCCCAUGCAGUAUGAAGGCCCUGGAGUGGAGAUGCUGCUUUCCCCCUCAGAAGAUGGUGAUGCCCAUAUCCUCCUCCGGCUUUGGCAGAGGUUUUCUGGACUGGCCCGCUGCCUGGGGCUCAUGCUUAGCUCUGAGUUUGGGGCUCCUGUGUCCGUCCCUGUGCAGGAAAUCCUGGAUGUCAUCUGCCGGACCCUGAGCAUCAGUGCCAAGAAUAUUAGCUUACUUGGAGAUGGUCCCCUGCGGUUGCUGCUGCUGCCUUCUAUCCACCUGGAAGCCUUGGACCUGCUCUCUGCACUCAUCCUCGCGUGUAGAGGCCGGCUCUUGCGCUUUGGUGCCCUGAUCAGCCGCCUGCUUCCUCAGGUCCUCAAUGCCUGGAGCAUUGGUAGAGAUUCCCUCUCUCCAGGCCAGGAAAAGCCUUACAGCGCCAUGCGGACUAAGGUAUAUGCUAUAUUAGAGCUGUGGGUACAGGUGUGUGGUGCCUCAGCAGGAGUGCUUCAGGGAGGAGCCUCAGGAGAGGCCCUGCUCACCCACCUACUCAGUGACAUCUCCCCGUCAGCUGAUAGCCUUAAGCUGCGCAGUCCCAGGGGAAGCCCUGAUGGGGGUUUACAGAUGGGGAAGCCCAGUGCCCCCAAGAAGCUAAAGCUGGAUGUGGGGGAGGCUAUGGCCCCACCCAGCCACCGGAAGGGGGAUAGCAAUGCCAACAGCGAUGUGUGUGCAGCUGCACUGAGAGGCCUCAGCCAGACCAUCCUCAUGUGCGGGCCUCUCAUCAAGGAGGAGACUCACAGGAGACUUCAUGAUCUGGUCCUACCCCUGGUCAUGGGUGUCCAACAGGGUGAGGUCCUAGGCAGCUCCCCAUAUACCAGCUCCUGCUGCCGCCGUGAACUCUAUCACUUGCUGCUAGCUCUGCUGCUGGCACCUUCUCCUCGCUGCCCACCUCCUCUCGCCUGUGCCCUGCAAGCCUUCUCCCUUGGCCAGAGAGAAGACAGCCUUGAGGUCUCUUCUUUUUGCUCUGAGGCCCUGGUGACCUGUGCAGCUUUGACCCAUCCCCGAGUUCCUCCUCUGCAGUCCAUGGGCCCCACCUGCCCUACCCCUGCUCCAGUUCCCCCUCCUGAGGCUCCAUCUCCAUUUAGGGCCCCACCCUUCCAUCCCCCUGGCCCCAUGCCCUCAGCAGGCCCCAUGCCCUCAGCAGGCCCCGUGCCCUCAGUGGGCUCUGUGCCCUCAGUGGGCUCCAUGCCCUCAGCAGGCCCCAUGCCCUCAGCAGGCCCCAUGCCUCCAACACGCCCUGGACCUCCAGCCACAGCCAACCACUUAGGCCUCUCUGUCCCAGGCCUGGUGUCUCUACCCCCCCGGCUCCUUCCUGGUCCUGAGAACCACCGGGCAGGCUCAAAUGAGGACCCCGUCCUUGCCCCUAGUGGCACUCCUCCACCUACUAUACCCCCAGAUGAAACUUUUGGGGGGAGAGUUCCCAGGCCAGCAUUUGUCCACUAUGAUAAGGAGGAGGCAUCCGAUGUGGAGAUCUCCUUGGAAAGCGACUCUGAUGACAGUGUGGUGAUUGUGCCUGAGGGGCUGCUGCCCCUGCCUCCUCCACCCCCCUCAGACACCACCCCACCCCCUGUUACCCCUGCUGGGCCACCAACAGCCUCCCCUCCUCUACCAACCCAAGAGGAGCCUGAAGAGCUUCCUGUAGCCCCAGGGCCUCUCCCUCCACCCCCACCACCUCCUGUUCCAGCCCCUGUGACACUCGCACCACCUCAGUUGGUCCCUGAAGGGACUUCUGGUGGGGGAGGACCCCCAGCCCUGGAAGAAGAUCUGACAGUUAUUAAUAUCAACAGCAGUGAUGAGGAGGAGGAGGAGGAAGAAGAGGAGGAUGAAGAGGAAGAAGAGGAGGAAGAUUUUGAGGAAGAAGAAGAGGAUGAAGAAGAAUAUUUUGAAGAAGAAGAAGAAGAGGAAGAAGAGUUUGAGGAGGAAUAUGAGGAAGAGGAAGGUGAGCUAGAGGAAGAUGAGGAGGAGGACGAGGAAGAGGAAGAAGAGCUGGAGGAGGUAGAAGAGUUGGAGUUUGGCUCAGCAGGAGGGGAGAUAGAGGAAGGGGGACCUCCACCCCCUAACCUGCCUCCAGCUCUACCCCCUGUCGAGUCCCCCAAGUUGCACCCAGAGCCGGAACCAGAGCCUGAGCCUGAACCAGAACCCGGGCUGCUGCUAGAAGUAGAGGAGCCGGGGGCUGAGGAGGAGCAUGGAGCCGAGACUGCACCCACACUGGCCCCUGAGGUGCUUCCCUCCCAAGAGGAACUGGAGAGGGAAGCAGAGAGCCCCCCAGCAGGGCCGCCUCAGGAGCUUGUUGAAGAGGAGCCCUGUGCUCCCCCAGCCCUGCUGGAAGAGGGGACUGAGGUGGGGAGUGACAAGGUACCACCCCCACCAGAGACAUCUGCAGCAGAAGAAAUGCAGACGGAGACAGAGGCGACAGCUCUCCAGGAAAAGGAGCAGGAUGACACAGCUGCCAUGCUGGCUGACUUCAUCGAUUGUCCCCCUGAUGACGAGAAGCUACCACCUGCCACAGAGCCUGAUUCCUAGCCCUCUCCUACACUCCUCGUUUCCAAUAAAGUUAUGUCCUUGGAUAUUGA